GAAAAGCAGGAGCAAGUGCUGAAAACGAAAAGGAAACUAGCAGCAGUCCCACUAACCACAACGGAUCAGCCCCCAUUUGGCCAAUAGGUGACUCUACCCCAGGCUGGCCUAAGAGGACCCAUUUCCCAUCUCACCAUUCUGCCCCAGUACACUACCACUUCUGGAUCCUGCCUCUACCACUUCUUCCCUGCAGCGUCUUCGGUUCCCCCACCGCUGUGAGCCAGGUUCCCCCUCCAGGCUGCUGGGCUGAGACUGAGUCACUUCUUCCCAGGCUGUAAAUCCUGGGACAGCUCUGCAAGGCACCGUCACUAGGGAGGGACUCAGGCAGCAGAGCCGCGCUCUCGUGCCCCAGCCAGCCACGCUCUCCUGGGAUCUGGGCUGGAAGAGGCUGCCGAGACCAUCAGUCCAAUCCUUGGUCUACAGGUGGGGAAACUGAGGCUCAAGGAAGGUGAGUGAUUUGCCCGAGAUCACACAGUGAGUGCAUAGCCAGGCCAGGAUGGAGACCCAGGUCUCUGGACUCCUGACCCCGUCCUCCCUAAAUCCCAUGUCCCACCCACCUCCCUCAUUUACCUCCAUUUCCCUCUCCCCUCCCCUCCACUGUGUCCCACUGCUGUACCACUGCCACCCCACCCCAAACUCCAGCAGCCGCAGCCUGGGAGGCAGGACACCUGGGUUUUCCACUCCAUACCUGGUCUUGACUAGGAUCUCAGAAUAAGGCCACCAGCUGUCGGGGCCACAGUGUCCCUCUCUGGGCCCCAGGACCCAUCGGGAAGAGAAGAGGAUGAGAUCCCCCUGGAGAGAAAGGCAGUAUUAAAACCAGCCCUGCUCCGCACACACACACAGCAUCUGCUCAGCCCCAGCCCUGGGGCCGCACUUUACUUCUGCACCCUCUCCUCAAAGAACACACAUUUUCCACUCAGCUGGGGCCCAGGAAACAAUGAGUGGGUGUCUCGAGGAGGAUGAGUACUCAGGCAAGGCUGAGGGCCCUCCAUGGAGAAGGAGGGGACACCCCCAGCCUAGUGUCUACAUAGCAUGAGCGCUCACGGGGUCACUUACACCAAGUCAGGACCCACAACACAGGCCCUAUGGGCACACAGACCUGAGUUCAAAUCCUAGGUACCUCUGUGAUGUUGGAUAAAAGACUUACCCUCUCCAACCCCCUGUUUGUCCUGGUCUAAAAUGGAGUUAAUAACCUCCAGGAUGAUGUGGGGAUUGAAUGAGGCAAGGGCAUCAAGUGUUAGUACAGUGUCACCCAGGUACUGCUCAAUCGGUGGAGACCACACCAUCAUCUUCACACGCUGGCCUACAAGACAGAGCUGGGAUUUUCCCCCACUAGGUAAGUUGCUAUGUCACCCGAGAUAAGUCACUUCCCCUCUGUAGUCUCUGCGUACUGCUUUAUGUAAGGAGAGAGCUGGGCAGUGAGGCCGAGGGUCCUUCCUGGGCUCACAGUCCAAGUCGGAAGGAAUCACAUCAUUUUCAAGUACCCAUGGCAGAAGAGGCAGCCAUCCUCAAGAUCACCAAAGACCUAAGAGCUGCCGUCUCUGCCAUCCUCCAGGGCUAUGGGGAUGGGCAGGGGCCAGUGACGGACACCAGUGCCGAGCUGUACAGACUCUGUGGCUGCCUGGAGCUGCUGCUACAGUUUGACCAGAAAGAGCAGAAGAGCUUCCUGGGGCCUCGGAAGGAUUACUGGGACUUUCUCUGCACUGCCCUACGACGGCAGCAGGGGGACAUGGAGCCAAUCCACUUUGUCCGUUCCCAGGACAAGUUGCAGACCCCUCUGGGGAAAGGCCGUGCCUUCAUCCGCUUCUGCCUGGCCCAUGGGCAGCUGGCUGAGGCCCUGCAGCUCUGCCUCCUGAACCCAGAGCUCACCAGGGAAUGGUAUGGACCCCGGAGCCCUCUGCUCUGCCCAGAACGCCAAGAAGACAUCCUGGACUCUCUCUAUGCUCUCAAUGGGGUGGCCUUCGAAUUGGACCUCCAGCAGCCAGACCUGGAUGGAGCCUGGCCCAUGUUCUCAGAGUCACGCUGCUCCAGUUCCACCGAAACCCAGGGAAGGAGACCCAGAAAAACCAAAGAUACCCCAAAGAAGAUCCCAGCUGCAUAUGGAGGGCCCGAAAGUGUCCAGAUUGAGGACUCACACAUCAGUCAAGCUGUCCGUCUGCACGAUGCACCCAGUGGACAGCAGUUGGCAGGGCUGCCCAGGUCCCAGCAACAAAGGCAUCUUCCUUUCUUUUUGGAAAAGAAGGGGGGAAAUUCCAGGAGACAUAGGUACCCCCAGAGUAUGUGGGAACCAGAAGAGGAGGAGCUUCCACUGGACCAGGAGGAAGGAACCCCAUGGAUUGAGAUGUUCCUGGGGAACUCAACACCCAGCACCCAGGGACAGGGGAAGGGGGCUAUGGGUACUCAGAAGGAGGUGAUAGGGAUGGAGGCUGAGGGCACAGGGGUUCUGCGGGGUGCAGAGAGUCAGAGAACAACAGAGGAGACUCAUGAAAAGGAGCCAGAGUGGAGUCAUGUCCAGAGGCUGCUGAUGCCCAGCCCCAGAGGGACCAUAGCGGGAAUAGUAUCGGGGAGCAGUCAGGGAUCAGAGGACUCUAGCAUCCUGGGGGAGCCCUGGGUCCUUCAGGGAGUCACAACAAAGGAAGACUCUACCGUGGAGAAUCCACAAGUGCAAACAGAAGUUACCCUUGUGGCCAGAAGGGAGGAGCAAGCCGAGGUGUCCCUGCAGGAUGAGAUCAAGAGCCUCAGACUUGGGCUCCAGAAGGCCGAGGAGCAGGCCCAGCACCAGAAGCAGCUGCUAAGGAAGCAGGACGGGGAGCUGCAGGCACUUCGGGAGCAGCUCAGCAGGUGUCAGGAAGAGAGAGCCAAGCUGCAGGCACAGCUGGAGCAGAAGCAACAGGAGGCUGAGAGGAGGGAUGCCGUGUACCAGGAGGAGCUUGGAGGGCAGCGGGACUUGGUCCAGGCCAUGAAGAGGCGGGUGUUGGAACUGAUCCAGCCAAAAUCAACAGCCAAUUUGGAUACCAUCAAGACACCUGAAACCUUAUCAUGAGCCAUAUGCUGAGGAAGAUACUCCGGGAGGAUCCCCAGGACCCCCUGGUUGCAGCCAUGUCAAGGCUGAUGCUGAGGAGGACCCCAACUGUCAUGAGCAACACCUGUCAAACACAGCCACCCACCUGGGGACAGAUCAAGAAGCUGUCACAGAUGGCACAAGAAAACCUGAGGAAAGUGGGACAACCAGUCACAAUGAGUAAUUUAAUGGUAGCUAUGAUCACAGUGAUCAUCAUUGCCAUGAAUAUUCCUUAAACAAGGUCUGACACAGAGAACAAUUAUACUUAUUGGGCAUAUUUAUCAAUCUUGGCUGGCAAUAAUGCCUGGAUGUAAUCACUCUGUGACACAGUUACACAUGCUUUCUGAUCUCAGUACUUACUAUAAUAAAUCUGCUCCUAUGAUUGAAGCAUACCACCCUCAAAAACCUAUUUGUAAACAAAAUAGAACCUGGCCAGAAAUAAUGAAUGUACUUGUUUAGGAAGAUUGCAUUGCAGAACAGGCAGAGGUACUGCACGAUUCCUAUGGAAUCAUUGUUGCUUGGUCCCCUAAGGGGAUGUUUAGCUUAAAUUGCACCUCUCAGUCUGCGUGCCAUGGCCAAACUAUGUCCAGCUAGUCUGAACAAAAGGGUCAGAUGAUAGAGAUGAUAAGAAGUAUGGCAAGAGUUCCUAUUAUCUGGAACCAUGGCAGCAUAGUGGCACCUCAACCUCAAGUGACAUGGCUUGCUCUAGGAGCUUAACAUAAGGAUUUGUGGAAACUGUUAAUAGCUCUUAAUAAGAUCAAAAUUUGGGAAAGAGUAAAAAAUCAUCUAGAAGGACACUCUACAGGUUGUUUUUGGAUAUUGCAAAAUUAAAAGAACAAAUAUUUAAAGCAUCCCAGGCAAACCUGACCUUAAUGCCAGGAACCAGAGUGCUUGAAGGAGCUGCAGACAGAUUAGCAGCUAGUAACCAAUUAAAGUGGAUAAAAACACUUAGAAACUGUGUGAUUUCAAUGGUGAUUGUGCUAUUAAUCUGUGUUGUUUGUCUUUGUAUAGUCUGCAGACGCAGAUCCUGACUCCUGCAAGAAGUAGCUCACCGUGACAAAGCUGCCUUUGCUUUUAUCGCUUUGCAAAUCAAAGGGGGACAUGUUGGGAACAGGCCCCUCAAACUCUGGCCAUUAACUGGCCCCAAAACUGGCCAUAAACAAAAUCUCUGCAGCACUGUGACAUGUUCAUGAUGGCCAUAACGCCCAUGCUGGAAGGUUGUGGGUUUACCGGAAUGAGGGCAAGGAACAUCUGGCCCACCCAGGGUGGAAAACCACUUAAAGGCAUUCUUAAACCACAAAUAAUAGCAUGAGCCAUCUGUGCCUUAAGGCCAUGCUCCUGCUGCAGAUAACUAGCCAAACCCACCCCUUUAUUUCGGCCCAUCCCUUUGUUUCCCAUAAAGAAUGCUUUUAGUUCAUCUACAAUUAUAGAAACAAUGCUUUUCACUGGCUUGCUGUCAAUAAAUACGUGGGUAAAUCUCUGUCCGAGGCUCUCAGCUCUGAAGGCUGUGAUACUCCUGAUUUCCCACUCCACACCUCUAUAUUUCUGUGUGUGUGUCUUUAAUUCCUCUAGCACCGCUGGGUUGGGGUCUCCCUGACCAAGCUGGUCUCGGCAGUUGGCAGUCAUGCUUGAUUGGUUCCCCAUCCUCUAGGAGAAAAGUGGCAGGGUUGAGGGUCACGCACGUAUGUAUUUGAAGCACCAGUCCCUCAAGGAGUAGUACCUGGUAUCUAAGUAGGCAAUUGUCUGAUAGCCAUAAACUUCCUUUGACACCUAGUAUGCUAUUUACAUUAUGAGUAGUCCAGACAGUGAGAUCCUUUCCUUGUGUUAUUUUGAUAGCCUCUGACACUAAGACGGUCACUGCUGCAACUACCGAUAAACAGUGAGGCCAGCCUUUUGCUACUACAUCAAUUUCAUUACUUAGGUAUGCCACUGGUUGUGGGGUUGUCCCACGAG